GCAGGAGAGCCGUGCUAAAAACGCGCGCCGCACAGCCCACACCCACUCGACUCCGUCCGAUUGCCAAUACGUUUCGCCCCGCGUAUAUAAAGACAUCACUCGGUCAGACAAACCACAAUUCACAGCCACCUUCCAACAAGAAAAAUGGUCUUCUCCGCUCAGAUCGCCGCCGCCUUGUGCGCAUUCGUUGCCGCCGCCUCUGUCGCCGAAGCUGGAUACCUUGGACAUGCAGUUGACUAUCACCACGUUCCUAACUACUCCUUUGAGUACGGCGUUGCCGAUCCCCACACCGGCGACAAGAAGAGCCAGUCCGAGACCCGCCACGGAGACGUGGUCAAGGGACACUACAGCCUGGUGGAGCCCGACGGCACCACCCGCACCGUCCACUACACCGCCGACCCCCACAACGGUUUCAACGCCCACGUGACCAAGUCCGGACACGCCGUCCACGCCGCCCCCAUCAAGGCCUACUCCUACGCCGCCCCCGCCUACCAAGCCGCCCCCGCUUACUACGCUGCAUCCUCGUACGCCGCCCCCUCCUACUACGGAGGAUACGGUGCCCCCGUGGUGUCUCACGCCCAUGGCUCUCCUCUGGCCUUCGCCGCUUCCCUCGGCUAUGGACACGGAUACUCCAAGAUCAGCCGUGCCCACUAAACGGCCUGCGUUACAUGUCCGACUCUGUGAUCUCCCCGUUUUUCUUCAUUGUUACCUCUGCGUUACUAUUAUUUUGUCAUAUCAAACAAUAAAAAUAGGAAGCAAAUCGUAAAUAAUAAUAA